AUGGCGCUCUCCUUCAGCCCCUCCCAAGAUCCCGACAGCAUCAACGGCAGACUUAGGCGCCUCAUGUCCCGGAAAAGGAUUAGAAGCAAGAAGGAAGACAAGAGAAGGGCAGUAGAGUCGCCGCUACCAACCACUCCCAUCGUGGCUCUCGCCAAAAGACACGAUCCCUGUUCUUUCAGGACCCGACUCUCCGACGCAGGACUCGCUCCCGAGCUUGGUUACUACGUGGCCAUGGCAACAACAACAACCCCCAAGGCAUCUAACGGAUGUGUGGCGGUUGAGCGAUCAUUGGGAAGGCCCGGCGAGGCACCUCCCACACCCCUCCGCGCUACCAUGAGGGUCAGUUCGCGGACGCUACGGUCCCGCAAGCGAAGCCGUCAAGAACACGAAGACGACGGGUGCACUCCGUCCGCAUCUGCCAAAAUCAUCACGGUGCCCAGCAGCAUCCUGAUAGUUCCCUCGGACGAAGACGGCAGCGACAGCUUGGCGCCAACGCCCCUCUCCCCAGGCUUUGACCUGAUCGACAUUGCCUUUUCGACCGUCGAAGAGUUCGACGACACGGAAAUGGUUUCUUGGAACGAUCGGAGACGGGAUAGUGGGCCCAUCAACUUCGACGCCAACAUGUCGACGAUGCGCAUGCCCUUUUCCUAUCAGCACCCACGAGGGAUGAGGAGAAGUGUGGUAGACAUGGUGGUGACAACCGACUCGGCAGGAUUUGGGUCAGACGAGUGGUCCGUUAUUGCAGACGCAUCCAUGAUCCCGACGUAUGGACCAAGCGAUGUCAUGAAGCAACCGAUCCAUCAGGCUAUUGUCAGGAGCUUUGUCUCUAGGUGUAGGGCGGCCAAGCGGAGGAUGAUGACCUCUCGACGGCAUUCAUGUCGGCUCAGCUUGACGGACAUGACUGCUGGACAGCGUGUUUCCGUUGGUGCCGUGCACUGA